AAACCUGAUGCUGAUGAACAGAGAGAGAGAGAGAGAGAGAGAGAGGGAGAGUGGGUUUGGGGUAGAGGGACAGACAGAGAGAUACAGCACCACUGGAGAGAUGAUGAGAGCACGCUGACAUUACGAACACCGAGCUGAAGAUCAGACAGCAGGUAGAUGAAUGAAUACAAGAUGACACCAGUGAGAAUCAUGCUGUUCCUGUGGGGUCUCCUGUGCAUGUGUGUGUCAGUGGGGAGUGUGUCGGAGCUGUGUAAAGGUUCUCGCUGCUUGGAGUUGGGGGAGUCCAGACCAUGUUCAGGGUCACAGUGUGGCUCGGGCAGACCAACACGUCAACACAACCCUUUAUCACGCAGCAGAUCUGCACCAACCCACCAACAUGCAGUCUCACACCUUCCUUCAGCAGACAUGCUGGAGUCACACACAGCUUCUCAUUCUCACACUAGGGAAAGGAUGCGGCUUGCCGAAGUCGCAGGUCACACGUGCUCUGGAGCGGAUUGCAUUACCACCAAAAGACCACCGCAGGCCAUUAAUGAUACACGAGAGUGCAGGGGGCUGGAGUGCAGACUGCCUUUGAGGAUCAGAACCAAGCCCAGAGUGAGGCCGUGCCCUCCAGACGGCUGCGGACCUGGCUCAGACGACGCUCCCGUGCACGUUCCGGACAGAGCUGCUCAGUUUCUGGGGGAAUUUCCGGAUAUCGGAUAUCCUUCGUCGGAACUUGGAGGUGCACCGCUGGGAGUGCAGCUUACAUGUGACAUCAAACCAGGAGAGAACGAGGUUCCCUCGGAAGAUGCCCUUGUCCUGCACCUGCAGCUCUCCAAAGGCCAGGAGAAGUUGGUGGAGGCACUGCGGGUGCAGCAGUUAGUGAUCCGCGACCUACAGCAGCGUCUGGAAGAGCAGCAGGGAGCGCUUCUGGCCCAGCAGCGUGAGAUCCUAGAGCAGCAGCGGCGCAUGUACGAGCAGAUGGACGUGGUGAAAGCGCAGUACGGCAUGCUGUCCGAGACCGUCAAGCAGGUGUCCUUUCAGGGCCUGCAGGGGGAGCUGCAGAGUUAUUUGGAAAGCCAGCUGGCCGGCGUGCAGAGCCAAGCUCGCAGCCACCUGCAGAAGUCGUAUGCCGUGCAUAAAACGGAUGCCAAGAUGAUAGACGUGACCGGGGACACGGAUCACGCUCUGCUCGGCUGUCGCAGCGCAUGUGGUCCUGAAGAGUACUGCAAUUUUCAAUUGCAGCCACCGCAGUGCCAACAGUGCACCAUGUGUCCACCUGGGUUCUUCCUGGUGUCUCAGUGUUCACCCAAUGCUGACAGGAUUUGCCAGGACAGAGAUGAAUGCCUGGAAAUCCCAACCGUGUGUGGAGAGAGAGUGAAAUGCCUCAAUACACCAGGUGGCUUCCGGUGCUUGGGCAUGUCCGAACGAGAGAUCUCUGCAGGCCUGUGUGGUCAUGAGUACUUCUACAAUCAGGAGCUACAGGAGUGCCAAGCAUGUUCAGACUGCGAUGGGGAGCCCAUAGCCGUUCCGUGUAGCACCGUGAGUGAUACAGUGUGUGGCGUGAUCUCAGAAAACACAUUCUCGCAGUCUUGGUCCGCCUCGGUCACUUUACCCCCAGCUCGAACAAAAAGCAGUGCCGUGUUCCCAGGUCUGCAGCUGAGCGUAAUGGGAAAGGAGGGGAGUGACCUUCUGGUCAGCCGUGAUGGUUCCAUCAGCCUCAAUCAGCACGGUCUGCUCUGGCUGGAUCACAACUUUGCCUUGAAGCACAGUUGCCGCAACUUUCUGCAGGUUGGUGUGAGGCUUAGUGGUGGCAGUGAGGAGGAAGGUCGCGACCUCAGUGGUGUACGGGUGGAGCAGCCAGAGAGGAAGCACUUCCAGGGUGUGAGUGUGAGUGCAGCAGCUGAGGUGGAGCCCAACCAGACUCUGUGGCUGCUUCUCAAGAGCCCAAACCAGCACUGCAACCAGAGCAAAGAACUGCAGCUUUAUGAGCUCGGAUCUUCAGCGUUCAGCCUGCUGUGGCUGUCACAUGACACCGGAGCCGUUUCAAUGACUGCUCAGACAUCUACGGCACCUCACUACCACGGUAACUAUCGGCCAUCCUUUCGUGUUGCUACUGUCUCUGACCCCUAUGUAGUGGCACUGACUCAUGAUAACCGCGGAAUUCGCUUCACUGAGCGAGGCGUUGUCAAGUUCGUCCUGCAGCAGGCACUUUAUGCCAUGGGCCACACGUGCGUCCGUGAAGGCUUCUCGCUAGUCGCCUACAUUAAUGGAAAUGGGACCAACCAGGAAGUAAUGCGCUCAUUUAAAUCCGGUGUCAACUAUCGGGACACCUCCAUCACCUUGUCUGCUACUACCAUCGUAGACUCGGGUGACUGGCUAAACUUUGAGAUUCUCACUCCGUCGCAGUGCAAUGUCCGAUACUUUGGAGACAGCUCUGGAAUUAGCAUGCUAAGUCUUCUCUGGAUUCCAGGUGCCAUUUCCUCAUCGCUAAUGGCCACCGUGUCCAGGACAGGCCUUCCAUCGGGAGCUGUGAGGAACAAACCUUUGUUGUUUCAGCAGCUUGGUCCGGAUGCCGAACACAUCCGGCUUGCUGGCGCGGGACACCAACACCCACAGAGGAAUUUUGUUUUCCAAGAAGCCGGGACAGCCAACGUGGCACUCACUGUAAAGCUGAUCCACUCAUGCAACGUGGUGAAGCUGGUGCUACAUCAGCAGGGCCAGGACAGGACGACUUCGGGUCCUGUGGCGCAGCAGGUUGGGGGUCAGAUGCCCGAGGGAAGCGAGUGGACCAGUGUUGGAGUCAGAGCGUCUUUCGAGGUCCAGAACGGCACAGCCAUUUACAUCACGCUGGACUGCAUACGCGGACGCAUCAAUCAAAUCACUCAUGACGAAGGUGCCAACCUUUCCAUCCUCUGGGUGGCUGCGUGACACCAGGAUUUCACCGCGUCUCAAUUCUUGCUCUUGUCAGAAACAGGUGCUUUCAGAAAAUCAUGGCCUUUGUUGUCGUAUGCACAGAAAAACGAGGUACGCUAUAGAAUGAAUUCCUUAUCUGUGGUCGCAAUUUAACACCAUUUAUAAUGAAAAGAAAUAUAAAUAGAACAAUAUAAAAAAAAAAAAAAAAAAUGGUGCUUCAAGAAAUGUGGUCUGGCCUAAACUGAACAAAUGGUUGGCAGGGUUAAUAUUCAAAAAUGUUGAAAUAUGAUAUCUAUAUAAUGCAAAGGUGCUAUUUAAAUCGAGUUAUAUCCUUU